AUGAGUCAGACUGAUGUGAGAUAUCCACCGAAUCCUACGGGAUCGUCGUCGCCCGUUGUUUCACCUCAAUAUGGAUCUUCGAUCCCUAAUCCACCAGUUGAUGAUGGCCCAGUACGAAGCAAAAUGUCUUUAAAUCCAUCAUGGUUUAAGACAAUUCAUGGAAUCCUUACCGUAGUCACAAUUAUUGCACUUACAUGUGUAAUUAUCAGUGCUGGUGUAGCAAAACGACAAGAUUGCUCUGCAGUCGAUACUUAUGCACAUAACGCCAAACUUAAUACUACGAGUGUGAGCGCUGUUCACACAAGAAACGCUGUAUUAACGUUUGCCAUCAUUGGCUUGAUUCUGGCACUUGCCGAUUUAAUCGUUCGCCUUUUCAGUUUAAAUACAAUGUAUCCGUCACGUAUCGAACUAAUAGUAAUCUAUGAGACUCAAAACUAG